AUGGCCCGCAAAAGUUUUCGCGUCUCGUCGCGAGCGGCGCCCGCGGGUGACUGGAUUACAGAGAUGAUGCGGGCAAUUGUCGGCGAUAACGGACUCGACGCGUUGGGUGUAUCGACAGAAGAUGCAGGGAAAGCGGUCUGCAAGAACGUCUUUCCAGUCGUUAGAAAGCACAUUGCUUUCAUCAUAGAGUACAAUAACGCUUACUUUGAAGCAGCCCUCGUAGAUGAAAUCACUCAGGGAGAGGGGCCAAUUGCAUCUAUGGAACUGCUGGAGAAAGUCAAAGAGGCAUCGCAAAGAAUCAAAGAACUUACGGCACUGGUUGAAAGCCAAACUGAGAAAAUGCGAGAGUUGGAAGCAAGCCUUGCCCAGGCAAAUGAAUUCCUCGACAAGGUUGAGAAUGUAAAAGAAGAUGCGCUGGCGGCAGCAGAGAAGAGCAGGGAGUUCGCGAAGAAAGAAGAAGAAAAGUUCCCCAAGACCAGCAAGGAGUUCAUAGAGCGGCUUCGCCUAGAAGUGCGAGACGAAGUCGCCCUAGAGCUUGCUGAACAGGCGACGGCGGCCACCGCGGCUUCAAAUGUAGAAACAGCUGAAAAAGAAAUACAAACAGACCCUGUUGCAUUAGACUCUCCUCAUGACAGCGUGCCUUUAGCUCCAGAUUCGGAGGCAAGCUCUGGCAAUCAACCACUGACAUCCGGGGACCGGGACCUCCUGCACAGCUGCCUCGCAGAAGUACGCAGGCUUGCUAUUCUUUCGAACCAGGGUGCUGGCGGCUCGAAUCUCGAUGUAUCGGUGAAUCGACAAGGUGUCUCGUUACGUAAUUCUUGUGUGGGUACUUCUGAGGGCAUUCGAGGGGGGCACCAAGGGAAUGUGUACGAACACGUGCCCUUGACAACGCUGCGUCUCAGCCCCAUUUGUCGUGCACCUCCUGAAAGAUCAGAACUCGAAAGCACCCGCAGCAUUCUCCUCUCGGCGCCACUCUCGCCUCCCGGCCGUUUGUCGUUAGAGCAGCAUUCAGACGAUUACAGAAACGCAAGAGGCGUUGACUUCGGUUGCAUCUGCCCAGCCAGUGAAGCUGCUUUCGCUGCUGCUGCUGCUUCUGCUGGGUCUUCCAACAGGCCCCCAGCGGCUGUUGAGACGGCUACGCUGCAGGAAACGCCACAGAUGCAGACGUUUGUGCAUUCGCAUAUGGUGUCGGCAGAACUGCCCGACGAGGUCAGCGUACACCCGACGCCAGAGUUCUCCCCUCUUGGUCCCUGCUCUCCAGCAGAAGGAAGCACCGCGUCGCUAGCGCUUUCGAGGGAAACAUCAGCAUCAGCUCUCAGAACACGCAAGUCACCGGCCGCCAAGGCACAAGGAAAGCUGCAAAUAUCAUUUGCAGAUGAACCCCUCUUCACCUCUGAUCCCCCCGGCAGCUCCAGCGCCUCCUCAACCGUUUUCAACUUAACAGAAAAUGCACAGCAGGAAAUUGCAUCUCCACAAGAACUACCAACGACAAAUCAAGCACCAGCACUACAUUCAAACGCAACAAGUCCUCUUCCGCCUGAACCCAAUGCCGUCGCAGCCGAAGUUAACGCUGCUGCUGCUGCUGCUGCCCCUGCUCCUGCUCCUUCUCCACCUCCUCCUGUUGCUGCUGCUGUUCUAAAUAUCCCACAAAACGACACCUCCUCAGUGGGAACAACGACAGAGGGUACGGUGUGGGAAAACCUGCACAAUAUACGAUGCAUACAGACACACACCGAAAGCUGCAGCGUCACCCCCCAAAACAUGUGCCUAGCUGGCUAG